AUGUUUUCAAGGAUAGGAAUGAUCCGCUCUAAUAUUCAUGCUAGUCAAGUCUUUGCUAGAUUGCCAAGAUCAUCUAUGAGAUGCCUGUGGAGAUCCAACUCGAGUGCAAUUCAGAAGCUGAUGAACUGGGUUGAUUUCUUCACUUUGAGGACACAAAACAAGCGGUUAAAUACUGCUGCAUCUGUCUUUACGGCUGGCUUGGCAGGUUGGGGCACCUUAGAGUACUUGGGCAAUAUUGAGAUUGACGUUGAAAAGCCCAUUUUGGGGAUUGAUCCAAUUAUGAUUAUGGGAGGAGCUGUCGUGCUUGGUGGUGGUCUCGGGUACCUCAUGGGACCCUUCUUAGGAACUCCGAUAUUCAACCUAUUCCGGCGCUCUGCUUUGCCCGAAUUCAAAGCCAAAGAAGAGCAAUUCUUGAGGAGAAUCAAACAUUACAGGGUCGACCCGUCUUCCCAGUCCUUUUCGAAUCCAGUCCCAGAUUACUACGGUGAAAGGAUAAACUCCUUAAAAGCGUACAAACAGUGGUUAAGAGACUGCAAUGCUUAUCGAAGAAAAGCUAAGGAGUUCGUUUGA